UGCGGCGGGCCCGGGCCGCGACGAUACACAGCGACGGCAUCCACGAGCGCAGACAGAAAGCGGAUCGACACCAUGGCCACCAUGCGCGCCGUGCUCGCUUUGGUCGCCUUCCUCGCCGUCGCGGCGGCCGCCCCCAAGAGCUUGCCCUCCAACUGGCCCAGGUGCAAGAAGUCGGACCCCAAGUUCGGAGAGUGCAUCAGGGACGCCGUGCACGUGGCCGUCAAGGACCUCAGCGCCAAGGGCGCUAAGGAGUUCGGCGUCUUCCCCAUCGACCCCUUGACCAUCAAGCAGCUGGACAUCGACCAGGGCACCGGGCCCGUCUCCAUCGAGCUGCACUUCAAGGACCUGCUGAUCAGCGGCCUGCAGAAGGCCAAGGUCGGCGUCAUCAAUGCCGACGUCGACAAGUUCCACUUCAUGGCCCCCGUCACGCUGGCCGAGGGCGUGAACCUCAAGGGCCAGUACAAGAUCGACGGCAAGGUGCUCAUCCUGCCCAUCAAGGGCGAGGGCGCGUGCGACCUGCAGCUCGAUAACGUCACCGGCAUGGUGGAGCUCAUCGGCAAGGAGAGCAAAGUCAAGGACAACGUCUACAUGGAGCUGGUGGACUUCAAGUUCACCUUCGACACCUCCCGCCUCAAGAUCAAGCUGGAGAACCUCUUCAACGGCAACAAGCAGCUCAGUGACUCGAUGAACGUUUUCCUGAACGAGAACUGGUCCGACAUCCUGGGCGAGCUCAAGCCCGCCAUCUCGCAGGCCUUCGGCGCCGCGUUCGGAGACAUCAGCAACCGCAUCUUCCGCCGAGUGCCGUACAACUCCAUCUUCUUGUAAACUCACCCCAGCUCACUUGUUUCACGGCCGAAAAGCCCCAUUUUUAACUGCACCUCUGCUCUCAAUUUUUCGCACUCUUCCUAGUGUAGAAUAGUCGUAUGUAGUUGUGUCGAUUGUCGUGUCCUAUCGAAGCUGUGAUUAAAGUUAAGAAGAUCGGCUAUCAUCAUCAUCAUCAUCAUCAUCAUCCCCUCAUUUUCCAUUGUACAAACUUCACGAUGCGUGUAUGUGUGUGUGUGUCUCCUUGUGUGUGUUUUGUAUUAAUUUAUGAUAUUGAUUGAUGGAUGGAUGGAUUUCUUGAUUGAGUGUUUGUUGGCUGUAGUGCUGUUGCCUUGUUCUUCUAAGAAUAAAUUUAAAAGAAAAGAAAAACAA